CAGCCAUUCACACUGUCCGUUGUACGGAGCUCACGCUAACAUCUGAAAGCGUUUUGUCAUUUGUUACGGCAGGUGUUGCUUUUGUCCCGCUGGUCUGAUAUAUCGUAAAUAACAGUUCUGCGGUUGGUGCAAUGAUUGGCCAGCGUGAGCCGCUAGCGUUUUAAAAACCCCUUUGCUAAACAGACUGACCCCUUUCUUCAAUACAAGGUGAUAAUAACUGUGAUGUAAUCGCCGUAUAGCACCCGAACCCGACUAUGGGUCGGUAUCCAUCCGCUUUGUUUACAUGGCCAAAAGCUAACACCUGCUGCGUUCGCUGCAUUGAAUAUUUCUUACUAAGCAUCUACUCUGACAGCUUUGAUGGAGCUAACGGCUAACAUUAUGAGCACAGACCGGAGGGAUUCUCGUGACAAUCUGGAUUUGUUUGGAUCUGAUAUGACAACUAAAGAGGAGAUAAUACUGAAAGAAGAGGAUGAGUCACAAGAAGAGGUGAAUACCAGUGAUAUUUAUAGACAUGCAAUGGUAUCAGACCUGCAGCUGGAUGAACUUGAAGACAGCAGGACUGAGAUAAGUAAGGUUACAAAAAAGCAGACGACAUGGGCUGUAAACUGCUUCACUGGCUGGUUGGAGUCUCAGGGGCUCCAGGUGGACCUGACUACAGUGGAGAAGACUGAGCUGAACAAGCUGCUGAGACACUUCUAUGGGUCAGUACGAAACAGCAAAGGAGAGCUGUAUGGGAUCGCCAGUUACAUUGCACUGAGAGCUGGGCUCAACCGUUACUUUAAAGAGCCUCCUGUGGUCCGCCUUGUGUGCUUAAUGAGAGAUGCUGAGUUCACCUCGGCCAACAAGGUGUUCUUGGGAGUGCUGAAGAGAAUCAGGAAGUCGGGCCGAGACAUAACAUCACACCAUCAGGCACUGUCACCUGCUGACAUCCGUAUCCUAAGACACUCGCAUGCAAUGGACACCAGCACUCCAAGGGGACUUCUGAACAAAGUCUGGUUUGAUAUACAGGUACAUUUCGGCCGCAGAGGGAAGCAGGCCAACAGGAAUCUGAAGCCGGAUUCAUUUGUAAUCAGAAAAGACGAGAGAGGACUGAGAUACUGCACCUUAAAUUUUGCUGAUGAGACAAAAAUCUAUACUGAGAAGGACCGAUGCUCUAUGUUUGAGAAGCCAGGCAGUAAACUCUGUCCCAUCACUUCUCUUUUAAAGUACCUCAGCAAACUCCCAUCCAACGCAGCUGCCCUUUACUUGCAGCCUAAGAAGGAGCAAACAGAUGAUAUGUGGUACAGCCACAUCCCACUAGGAGUCAAUUAUCUGGGCUCAAUGUUGGCUCGCAUGUGUAAAGAAGCAGGGACGUCGGUGAUCUACACCAAUCACUGCAUCAGAAGCACGCCCUUUCACCAACUGUGUGACACGGGACUGGAGGGGAGAGAGAUUAUCACUGCCAGUGUGCACAGGUCUGAAAGCUCCCCCCAAAGUCACCAGACAACUACUGUCAGGGGCCAAAAGCAGUGGAGUGAGAUUUUGGCAGAGAAAGAUCCAGCUGGCCCAGCAGGUUUGCCACCAAACAAGUGGGCACCCCUAACAGAAGUUCACUCAACCACACGCAUUUUGCACCACUGCUGCAGUGGAUUCAUUAUUCUACUGUCCGGGUGAAAUAUUCAGAUAAAUGUCUACAGAAGUCAGAAUGAAUAAACUUGUUGGAGGAUACAAGACGCUAAAAAAACAUAAAUUUUUCUU